AUGUGGCGUCUCCGCGACCUCGCCGAAAUGAUGGCAACCUUCCACUGGAUUGAACCCGAAUCGACUCACAAUACUGCCGCCCUGGCCACUCAGGCGAGACUGCUGACUCCGCCCUUUAUCCUGCCCCAGGUCUGCGUCUCCUGCCUGGAUCGUGACAACCCGAGCGAGCGCAAUCCUCCACACGAGGAAAUGGUUUGGUCUCGAUGCCACACAGUGCUCCAAGAUUCGUACAAGAAUGGAUCACUCGCACAGCUAUUUCCUGGAGCAACUGGAGUGUGGAAUCUUCUCGGGACUCAUCUAAUGAAGUAUGCAUACGUUGUCAAAGACUUGGGCGAGGCUCGUGCGGGAGAGUCGUCGGUCAUUCCAGCUUCUUCAGGCGAAUUGAAGCUCUCUGAUGAUGUGAUCCGCAAUGGCAUGAAGGAUAUUCAGCCAGAUCCAGAGGAACAGCUUUACAACGAGGAAUAUGGCUGGACCCUUUCUUGA